AUGUCUUCACAGAUGGGAACUAUAUCAAGUCCAAGGUUUGGGAAUGGGAAGCAAAUUUUUGAAAGUAACAGACAUCGUUAUACACUCUUGGGGCACCUUACAUUACAGGCUUCAGGGAAACGACACUCAGUACAGUCAACAGGUUCCAUUCCGCCCCGAGGACAAGGCGCUCCCUGGCAGCCGGCGUGCAAGCGAGCCUCUGGCUUUGAGGCUCCGCAGCUAGUCAGUCGCCUUCGGUCUAGCGUGGCCCGGGAUCAGCGAGUGUGCCCAACUCCCUGUCCUCCCCAGCGCCAGAAGUCAUGUGCCGACUCUGAGGCAGCGGCGGUUGCAGAACCUCUGGGAUCCCCUUCGGAGACCACCGCCGUCGCCGCAGAGUCGCCGGAGCUCGAGAACUACAGUAGCAAGCAGGUUACACUCAAUAUCUGGAAAAAUAAUCGAGAUUUUUGUGUGGCUGUGCCUCCACAUUUUAGCAGCUCUUGGUUGAAAAAUGAAGACCUAGUUUGCUUCAAAGAUAUCAAGCCAGCAGCACCUCAUCAUUAUCUUGUGGUGCCAAAGAUGCAUAUUGGAAACUGCAGAUAUCUAAAGAAAGAUCAGAUAGAACUGGUUGAGAACAUGGUAACUGUUGGAAAAAACAUUCUUGAAAGGAAUAAUUUCACUGACUUCAAAAAUACGAGAAUGGGUUUCCAUGUGCCACCAUUCUGUUCCAUUUCCCAUUUGCACCUUCAUGUUCUGGCACCAGCCGAUCAGCUUAGCUUCUUAUCAAAAUUGGUUUAUAAAGUGAAUUCCUAUUGGUUUAUCACAGCUGAUUAUUUGAUUGACAAACUAAGAACAUGAAAAUGUCAACAGUGGAAGAUUUUCCUAAUUUUAGCUCAACAUAAACUAAUAUUCUGGUCUCUUUGAAGUCUAAUUACAAUUGGGUUUUAUGUGAAGCUAUUACUGGGUAGUUUUAAAUUGUUUCUUAAUGUUUGUUUCUUGAAAUCUGUGAUAUAGUUAUAUGAAUAUUUUGUCAUUGACUUUGUUUUAGUGGUUCCUUGUCUAAGGUAUAAGAUACUAUAGAUAAAAUCCCAUUAAAACAAAUUCUGUUAAUCAAGAAGGGCUCUGUAUUUUUUUUAAGUUCAAACAUUUUUAUUUCUCAGUAGUCAAUUAUAAUAGUGAUUUAUUUAUGAAGAAUAAACUGGUAUAAAAAGUAC